GUUCAUUAUAGACCAAGCGGAGCGCCAAAGCCUCCGAGUCCUUUUCAUUUUCACCUUUGCAUUUGUCUUUCGUACCUUCGUUCAUACACUCUUGCCACUAUCCCUCUCGUAAUCGAAAUCUCGUUGUGUCUGAAUUGCAAUGGUGUUAACUGCCAUACGAUUAUUUGCGUCUUCCCUUUCUCUAGUUUCUUUCGCCACUGCGCAACUGGCAUAUUCACAACCUGAUGGCAAGACAAAAGAUUUCGACUCAAGCCUUACACUCAAGCAAGGAUCUGUCGCCGAAGUAAUAUGGAAGUUGAACUCAACGAACACCGGCAUCUCAGGCUAUGUCUACAGCAGACUGGGCGCGAAACCUAAGACCAUCCUAAACGCGCAAAAUGAAGUAUCGCUAUGGGUCACCAGCACGGCAGACGCAGGUAACGAGAAGGGAUACUGGAAGUGUCUAGCCCGUACGUAACACGGCCUCUCCUUUCCGCCCCAUUCUUCGCACUGACACGUCCGAACAGCCCAUAUCGACACAACAGAUGGCGGAAGCUUCCAAUGGACCGUCGACUUGAGUGACGACGACAUCAACAACCACAAUGGCCAAUUCGUGUACCGCCUCAAGCCCGCCGUCGCCGA